AUGCUUAUAGCGGCCAGCAUUUCCCUAAAUGGACUCAAUUAUAACACUCGUGCUUUGAUUGACACCGGAGCAAAUGGAUACGUUUUCAUCAGCAAACGGCUUGCCCAGCGAUUGUACACAACGUUAAAAGCCCCUAAGAUCGUCGGCUUCCACCCUCAAAAGGUUGGAGGCUAUGACGGAAAAGCCUCGCAGCAGAUCGAUACUGCUGCAUUGGCCACUUUUGUAAUACAGGGCCGGAGGUUCCGCGAAACGCCGAUGCUGUUCCCGGAGAGCCUACCCUCAUUGGCGGUAUGUUAUCGAGAUAUCGACAUGACCCAAUCACCAAAUCCGGGGUCUGUGAACCCCAUACACCAGUCGGACGCGGAUCGUCGAGAUGCGGCCCUGGAGAAGAAAGACCAAUCGGCCUCCCGACAACGAAUAAUACAGCGACGAAUCCAAACCUUGGAAAAAAUGACAGAACGCCCUCCGUCGAUACCUCGGAGCGCAAAACUGCUGACCAGGUCGGGACAGGCCUGGGAGAUCCCCACGCCCCGGGAAACUUACGCCGAUCCGAAUUUACAGGAGAUGCAACGGGAACUUUACGAACUGCCGAGGCCAAAGGUUAAAAUGACAAGCCUGAGUCAUACCCAAAGGAAAGAGACCAAAGAGGCCGAAGGUUCCUCUCGCAUACAAAAGGAUGCCAAAGGAAAAUACAUACUGAAGAGAGACGCGGUGGGUUGGUACAAAGACCGACAGGCAAGUGUCGCUAUGAUAGGCGCUAUACAACUUAUGCGUUUGGUACAGGAGGAUUCAGCCCUUUACUGCACCUCGAUAAACGAAAUCGACGAUGUCCUGCGGCAGAAGAAUGCCGAGAGGCUGCUCCCUGAUGACGACGGAGACCUGCGGGCAAUGUUGUUAAAAAGAGUUCCGAAACAUUACCACGACCUGUUAGACGUGUUCAGCAAAGUGGAAUCCGAUCAGGUCCCGCCUUUUCGACCGGGAUCAGACCAUAAUAUACAACUCGAGGGUGACCCCAAAACAUUGGGAUAUAGUCCACUUUACAAGAUGACGGAGGAAGAGUUGGAAGCUUGCAGGAUAUAUCUCCAAGAGAACCUCCAGAAGGGUUUUGUAGAGCCAGGAUCGACCCCGUGGGCCGCCCCCAUCCUGUUCGCACGAAAAGGCGAUGGAGGACUCCGGUUUUGCGUCGAUUAUCGAAAAUUGAACGCCCUUACCAAAAAAGACGUCUGUCCUUUACCGUUAAUCGAGGAGACACUGGCCCGGAUCUCCAAGGCUCGAUUUUUUACCAAGAUCGACAUUAGGCAAGCUUUCCACCGGAUCCGCAUGAACCCGGAACAUCGAGAUUACACCACCUUUAGGACCCGAUACGGGACCUUCCGGUAUAAUGUGUUACCUUUUGGUCUCACUAACGGGCCGGCCACGUUCCAGAAGUUUAUCAACGAGAUCCUGAUGGAGUAUUUGGACGAUUUCUGUUCCGCUUAUAUGGACGACAUUCUGAUUUGGAGCGAGACUGAGGAGGAACACCAGACUCACGUCCGGCAAGUCCUGGAAAGGCUCAAAAAGGCUGGACUCCAGGCUGACAUUAAAAAGUGCGAGUUCCACGUCACAGAGACACGAUUCCUGGGCUUUAUUAUAGGCACCAAGGGCAUCGCUGUCGACCCAGAUAAGGUAGCCGCCGUGAAGCAGUGGGCACCACCCACUACCGUGAAAGGAGUGCAGUCCUUCCUAGGGUUUUGCAAUUUUUACAGAAAGUUUGUCCCAGAGUACAGCCGGGUAGCCAAACCGCUAACGAAUUUGACGAAAAAAGCGGUGCCUUUUCAAUGGGACGAACAUUGCCGCGUCGCUUUCGAUACCCUGAAGAAGGCGUUAACUUCCGCACCCGUCCUUGCCCAUUACCAAGCGGAUUACGAAACAAGGGUAGAGACUGAUGCGUCCGGAGGAGUGGUGGCCGGAGCGUUGCUGCAGCAGAACCCAAACACCCAGGAAUGGCAUCCGAUCGCAUUCUUUUCCGAAACUAUGCAGCAGGCGGAACUUAACUACCCCAUCCACGACAAGGAAUUGCUAGCAGUCGUUAGGGCGCUGAAAACCUGGAGACCAGAGCUAAUGGGCACCAAAAAGAAGUUUGUGGCGAUUACUGAUCAUAAGGCCUUGGAAUACUUUUCUACGAAACGGUUGCUUAACUCUCGGCAAGCGGCCUGGGCCGAUUUCUUUUCCCAAUAUAAUUUUGAAAUCACUUACCGCCCUGGCAGCGAGAACGUGCUGGCAGAUGCUUUGACCCGUAAGGCAGAGGAUGUACAAAAUCAAAAAGAACGUCAGGAAGCAGAACGUUACAUGGCUAUUUUCCGUCCUGUCGACAGUGCUGGCGACGACCUUUAUGUGGUCAACCCCUUUUCAUAUUGGCAAACUGUUGCCGAUGGCGGUUUCGGAGUGCUGUUGGCAGCGAUCGAACCAACUGGCGCAGCUGGACAACUGCUGUUCGCUGAAGAGGUGCUCAGGGCCAACGAGCAUUCACCACUGCUAGAACAGUACCGAAUUAAGGCCCGUAACCCCGAAGAGAAGCAUUGGACGUUGUUGCACGACAGACACGUACUGUACCGAGGGAGAUUGGUGAUCCCAGGCGACGGGGAAUGGCCCGCCAAAGUGAUUCGUGAAGUUCAUGGGACUAUUGCUACGGCCCACCCUGGCCGCAAUAAGACCCGCCGUUUGGUGGCACAGCAGUUUUGGUGGCCAGGCAUGAGCGGGAUGGUGGACCGCUAUGUCGCCAACUGCUCCUGUCGAUCAGCCAAAGUUCCGAGAGAUAAGACCCCUGGGCUUUUACAACCCUUACCCGUGCCGGAUCGACAAUGGAGCACCAUCGUCGUAGAUUUUAAAUCAAUGCCCAAGUCGAAGUCGGGAAACGAUAACCUGUUUGUAAUGAUCGAUGCGCUGACGAAACGGUCGUGGGCCGUUCCAUGCACAAGGACGGCUACCGCAAAGGAUGCAGCCAUGAUGUACUACGAGGGUCCUUACCGCAUUUAUGGUUUACCCACGAAAGUCGUUUCCGACAGAGGUCCGCAGUUCGUAUCAGAUUUGAUCGACGAGAUGUCCAAGAUCUUGCAGAUUAAGUGGAAGCUUUCGACGGCCGGGCACUCCCAAACAGCAGGGCAAGCAGAGAUUAUGAACGCCUACAUCGACCAAAGGUUGCGCCCUCAUAUUAACCAUUUCCAAGACGAUUGGGACAAACGUAUGCCCGCGAUCGAUUUGGUGCAGGCAACGCUACCCCAUGACUCUCUCGGAGGAUUUUCACCUUUCGAGAUUGGAAACGGCUACCCGGCCCAUAUGCAUUUCGAUUGGACGCAAAGGACCGAACUAAAGGGACUGCCUACCCGUGAGCGACUUACAAGAACCGAAGCUCAAGCGAUUACCAAAAAGCUCGAAAGCUACGUGGAGGCGGCACGCACCCACCUCCAAAUGGCGCAACAACGAAUGUGCGACCAAGCCAACAAGCACCGCCGGGAACCCGAUUUCGGAGUAGGAAGCGCCGUCUACAUUAUUAAAAAGCAUUGGGUGACGGACCGUCCUAGCGAUAAACUAGACUACCCGUUGACCAGAUGUAGUUAUGUGAUCAAGGAGAAGCGGGGGCAUUCCUACCAUUUGGAGUUGCCAGACUCUUGGAAGGGAAGCCGCGUAUUUCAUGCCGACCGUCUUCGGCUGGACCCACGUGACCCGUUGGACGGACAAGCCGCAGAAAGGCCCGAAGGCGAGGUAAUCGACGCGUCAGAAGAUACCAACGAAGAGGAGUGGGAAGUCGAACGGGUAAUUUCCUCGCGGGUGCUACGAGGUGUGCUUCAGUACCAAGUCCAGUGGAGAGGCUGGGACCCCGACCCGGAGUUCUACGACGCGGAAGGAUUCAAGAACGCGGCUGUGCAAUUGCGACAGUACCAUGACGCCUACCCGGACAAGGCCGGCCCUCCCAUGCGCCUAGAGGCCUGGGAAAAGGCAGCCCUCGAGGAUCGGUUCGACCCGCCCGACGAGUACGACAACGCCCCGGCUACGGGGAACAGCACAGCCCGCAGAUUGCGACGUCGCCGGUGA